ACGUGCAGAGAAGCGGGUGGUGGGGGGAGGAGGGGGAAAGAGGGAGGGGAGAAUUUGGCACGAGACAUGAUGUUAGGAAGAAAAAUACGACCCUUAAAAUCAUCAAAUCCAUGGAUUGGAGAAGGAAAAAAGUACUGUUUACAAAACCCUCAUUAAAGAAGAGAGAUAAAAAAAGGCAGAUCUGGAGCUUUGCAUGUGCCGGGGAGAUAAGGGGAGAUGGCAUGUGAAUGUGGCUGCACCAAUUACUGGGAGCUGUUUCCCUGGACAGUGAAAGACCACAGACAUAAGGGAGGGAGAGAGAGAGAGCUCACUUUUGAAUGACACCAGCUCUUGGAUCUGAAGAGCAUAAAAACACCAGCGAACCAGGCAACCGUCAAACACAGCAGCGAGACAUAGAUUGUUUGUGGUCAGAGCAGGAUGGAUGUCUUCUCAGUGAAACUGUUGGCUUGCCUGUGUGCCUGGCUGCCUUUGUCUGCCUGUAGCCCCAUCUACACCUGGGAGGAUGCGAGAGAGGAUGAGGGCAGAUACCUGCUCGAGGACGAUUAUCAGGAGAACAGUGCUGUGGACUUCAACAGCCUCCUGGAGCACAUGAAGGGGCAGUUCCUCAAGAGCUUGAACCUGUCUGGAAACCGUCCUGUCCAACAAGCCACAGCCCUUGAGCCCCCAGAGUACAUGGUGGAUCUGUACAAUAGGUUUGCCAACGACAAGUCCUCAAUGCCUUCCUCCAACAUAGUCAGGAGCUUCAGGAACGAAGACAUGGCUUCAGUCCCCAACCAAACCAACGGAGUGAGGAAACAUUCCCUCCUCUUCAAUGUGUCCAUCCCACAGCACGAGGAGGUCACCAUGGCGGAGCUCAGGCUUUACACCCUGGUGGACGCUGACAGAAGAAUAUACGAUGGGGUGGACCGUAAGGUCACUGUCUACGAGUUUCCUGAAGGAGAAGGAGAUGGAGGCAGUGGGAAAGCCAGCUUCGACCAGGGCAAGUUAGCCUCGCGGCAAACCUAUGGUGCCGACAGCGGCUGGGAGAUCUUUGACGUAACCAAAGCCGUCUUGGGAUGGUCCAAAUCAGACCAGACCACGCACAGGCUCGAGGUGCACAUAGAGAGCAUGGAGAGCGAAGAGUACAAACAGCGGAACCUGGGGGUAGCCGUGGAAUUGGACCCCCAGCACGUUCCCCUGUUGAUCGUCUACUCUGAUGACAGGAACAGCUUGAAGAAGGAGGCCAUCGAGGAGCUGGGGGAGAUCAUCAGCCACGAGAAGGACGUGGCCUUCAAGAACGUCAACGCCGGGAAUAUCAGGGUCAGCCUCAACGAGGGGGCCUUGCUCCAGAGGCGUUCGAACAUGCUCUACGACACGUCCUCGAGGACCAGGAGGAACGCCAAGAGGAACUACUGCAAGAGAAGCCCACUUUACGUCGAGUUCAAGGAGAUCGGGUGGGAUUCCUGGAUCAUAGCCCCGACGGGCUACGAAGCUUACGAGUGCAAGGGUCUCUGCUAUUACCCAUUGACUGAGCAAGUCACCCCGACGCAGCACGCCAUCGUUCAGACUCUGGUGAACCACCACAACCCCAAAGUAGCAGCCAAGGCCUGCUGCGUACCCACAAAACUGGAGCCCAUUUCCAUCCUGUACUUGGACGAUGCUGGCGUGGUCACAUACAAAUUCAAGUACGAAGGUAUGAUGGUGGCGGAGUGCGGCUGCAGAUAGUACAGCAAGGAGCCCAGAGAAACAGGACCCUAAUAUAUUUUAUUUGUUAAAAGUAUUUAAUGAACCCGUACUGUAAAUGUGUACAUUUCUCAGCCUUCCUAUUUAAGAUGCUUAUUUAAGGAUCUGGUGUAUAGAAUUAUAGAUUUAUAAGUGAGUUUCCCUGGUGUUAAUUAUUUGCAACUUGCUCCCCGAAAAAAGGUGUUGCUCGUAAAGUCACAGAAACUGGUCGUAAAAAUAGCCGAGGUUUUCUGAAAACCAAACGGAACUUGGUACAGAAAUGAUCUGGCUGUUUGCUCUCUCUCUGUCUCCCUCUGUCUCUCUCUUUCUUUUGAUCCUUAUAAAAAGUAUUGGUGAUUUAUGGCCAACUGCUGCGGCAAUACAUGUGGGAUUUCCACAGGGAAAAAAACGCAGAGCCCAAUGCAACGUGAAGGCAAUGCAGCGUGAACCCCAUUGACAAUUGACCACAAUAGCACAGGCAGUGAGUGAGCUGUAGUUCACAGAGCCACUGGCUUCCGUGGGUCAGACAGUGUUGUUCUCAGUGAGCGGAGACGAUGUCUAGACCCAGUCUGGUAGCGAAUGUUAACAAAUUGUUCUCCAAAUAAACCGUAGGCACGUGGCAGCGGACACAGCCCACCUUCCAGGGGCUGGCGACGCUGUUUAUGUGAAGAAGGAAAAAAAAAAGCUGAAUUUUCCCAGUCAGUAAUUCCAACCCGCCCUUCCUGACGGUGACACGCUUUUGAGGGCUGUAACGUUCACAGUUACCGUUCUCCCGUUUUCUGGCCGGUUUCAGUUCUUUUGGGGGCUCCAAGUAACUUUAUGAUCCCCAGAUGGGUUCGGAUGAAGAAGGAAGGCCUCUUUGGCUGUGACGCGCUUU